UCCACACCCACACCCACUCCCUCCUCCAGCCCCACCGCCCCCGCCAUGGCCGCGUCCACCCUGUCCGUCUGCUCCAGCGACCUGAGCUACGGCAGCCGCGUCUGCCUGCCCGGAUCCUCGGACUCCUGCCCCGACCCCUCCUGGCAGGUGGACGACUGCCCAGAGAGCUGCUGCGAGCCCCCGUGCUGCGCCCCCGCCCCCUGCCUGACCCUCCUGUGCGGCCUCCUCCCCUGCCAGGGAGACUGCUGCACCCCUGUCUGCUGCAAGCCUCUCCGCUGCACCCCUGUCUGCUGCAAGCCCGUCUGCUGCACCCCUGUCUGCUGCAAGCCCGUCUGCUGCACCCCUGUCUGCUGCGAGGACUCCCCCUGCUCAGCCCCCUCCUGCUGCCAGCCCAGCCCCUGCUGCAGGCCCUCCUCCUGUGUGUCCCUGCUCUGCCGUCCCGUGUGCAGGCCCGCCUGCUGCACCCCUGCGUGCUGCAAGCCCGUCUGCUGCACCCCUGCGUGCUGCAAGCCCGUCUGCUGCACCCCUGUGUGCUGCAAGCCCGUCUGCUGCACCCCUGUGUGCUGCAAGCCCGUCUGCUGCACCCCUGUGUGCUGUAAGCCCGUGUGCUGCACCCCUGUGUGCUGCGAGGACUCCCCCUGCUCAGCCCCCUCCUGCUGCCAGCCCAGCCCCUGCUGCAGACCCUCCUCCAGUGUAUCCCUGCUCUGCCGCCCCGUGUGCCCCCGCCCCUCCUGCUGCGCCCCUGCCUCCUCCUGCUGCCGCCCGGCCUCCUGCGUGUCCCUGCUCUGCCGCCCUGCGUGCCCCCGCCCUGCCUGCUGCGGCCCUGUCUCGGGCCAGCCCUGCUGCUGACCGGCUCCAGCUUCUGCCUCUAGAGCUGCUAUCUUUGCUCCAGAGCACAGAUGUCCUCUCUCAGGAGCCCCGGAACCCCUCUGGGGGCGCCAGGACGCCCCUGCCCCUCGGUGGAUGCACAGCUGCUGCCUCCCGGGGAU